GUGUCAUGUCUGAUGUAGGCAUCAUGUCUGAUGUAGGCGUCAUGUCUGGUGUAGGCGUCAUGUCUGAUGUAGGUGUCAUGUCUGAUGUAAGCGUCAUGUCUGAUGUAAGCGUCAUGUCUGAUGUAGGUGUCAUGUCUGAUGUAAGCAUCAUGUCUGAUGUAGGUGUCAUGUCUGAUGUAAGCGUCAUGUCUGAUGUAGGUGUCAUGUCUGAUGUAGGCAUCAUGUCUGGUGUAGGCGUCAUGUCUGAUGUAAGCAUCAUGUCUGAUGUAGGUGUCAUGUCUGAUGUAGGUGUCAUGUCUGAUGUAGGCGUCAUGUCUGAUGUAGGUGUCAUGUCUGAUGUAAGCGCCAUGCCUGAUGUAGGUGUCAUGCCUGAUGUAGGUGUCAUGUCUGAUGUAGGUGUUAUGUCUGAUGUAGGUGUCAUGUCUGAUGUAAGCAUCAUGCCUGAUGUAGGUGUCAUGUCUGAUGUAGGUGUCAUGUAUGAUGUAGGUGUCAUGUAUGAUGUAGGUGUCAUGUCUGAUGUAGGUGUCAUGUCUGAAGUAGGCAUUAUGUCUGAUGUAGGUGUCAUGUCUGAUGUAGGCAUUAUGUCUGAUGUAGGUGUCAUGUCUGAUGUAGGCAUUAUGUCUGAUGUAGGUGUCAUGUCUGAUGUAGGCAUUAUGUCUGAUGUAGGUGUCAUGUAUGACGUAGACAUCAUGCCCGAUGUAGGCGCCAUGUCUGACGUAGGUAUCAUGUCUGAUGUAAGCGUCAUGUCUGAUGUAGGCAUUAUGUCUGAUGUAGGUGUCAUGUCUGAUGUAGGCAUUAUUUCUGAUGUAGGUGUCAUGUAUGACGUAGACAUCAUGCCUGAUGUAGGCGCCAUGUCUGACGUAGGUAUCAUGCCCGAUGUAGGCGUCAUGUCUGAUGUAGGUGUCAUGUAUGACGUAGACAUCAUGCCCGACGUAGGCGCCAUGUCUGACGUAGGUAUCAUGCCCGAUGUAGGCGUCAUGUAUGACGUAGACAUCAUGCCCGAUGUAGGCGCCAUGUCUGACGUAGGUAUCAUGCCCGAUGUAGGCGUCAUGUCUGAUGUAGGUGUCAUGUAUGACGUAGACAUCAUGCCCGACGUAGGCGCCAUGUCUGACGUAGGUAUCAUGCCCGAUGUAGGCGUCAUGUCUGAUGUAGGCAUUAUGUCUGAUGUAGGUGUCAUGUAUGACGUAGACAUCAUGCCCGAUGUAGGCGCCAUGUCUGACGUAGGUAUCAUGCCUGAUGUAGGCGCCAUGUCUGACGUAGGUAUCAUGCCUGAUGUAGGCGUCAUGUCUGAUGUAGACAUCAUGCCUGAUGAAGGCGUCAAGCCUGAUGUAGACAUCAUGUCUGUUGCAGGUGUCAUGUCUGAUGUAGGUGUCAUGUCUGAUGUAGGCAUUAUGUCUGAUGUAGGUGUCGUGUCUGAUGUAAGCAUUAUGUCUGAUGUAGGUGUCAUGUCUGAUGUAGGCAUUAUGUCUGAUGUAGGUGCCAUGUCUGAUGUAGGCAUUAUGUCUGAUGUAGGUGUCAUGUCUGAUGUGU